UUCCUUUUACUUUUCUUCAUCGUUUCAAACCCAUGCAUAUUCAACGUUAUUCAUCGGAAGCCAUAAAAAUGAUGAACUUCCACCGCAACUUUCUCGCUCUCCAAACACCAACCAAUCCCCCCAAUGCGACGAACAAAGCCUGCGAUGUUUUCAUCAACCAUCGAGGCAUCGACACCAAGAGAACGAUAGCGAGCUUGCUGUACGAUCGUCUCUCUCGGCUAGACCUUCAACCUUUCUUGGACAACAAGAACAUGAAACCCGGAGAUAAGUUGUUCGACAACAUCGAUAACGCCAUAAAGAAUUGUAAGGUCGGCGUCACGGUUUUCUCGCCGAAUUAUUGCAAGUCUUACUUUUGCCUCCAUGAAUUGGCUCUCUUCAUGGAGUCCGGAAAGAAGAUUAUUCCAAUCUUUUGCGACAUUAAGCCGUCGCAACUCGCCGUCGUCGACGACGGAAAAGUUCCGGCCAAAGACUUGCAGAGGUUCAAAUUCGCUCUGGAGGAGGCAAAAUAUACUGUUGGCCUCACCUUCGACUCUUUAAAAGGGAAUUUUUCCGAUGUGGUGACGAAUGCUUCCGAAAUUGUGAUGGAGAGCUUGAUGGAGAUGGAAAGCAGUGAUUAAGAGAUUGAAACAACACUCAAAUCACUCGUUGAUUCGAACUCAAAGAUCUGCACGUAAAUGAAAAUAACUAAAG